AUGGAAAAAAUUGCUAGUAAGAUUAAGUAUGAUUUGCACAAAAAUUAUAAUGAAAAUAUCAACAGCAAGAGCGAUAGAUUAUUACUACAUGAAAAUACGAGGCCAAAAAAGUCAAAGUCAGUUACAUGGGUUGACGAUGGCAACGUGAUCAAACUUAUAACAAAUGAUAAUAAAUGUUGUUCACUGGAAAAUCUUCCUGCUGCCCAAAAGUUGGAUAAGGAUUGGACACGAACAAUUAAUUUAUGCGAUGCUCGAUCUAGUUCUAGACCUAGACUAAUUGAGCAGAUAUCUAUGCAACUUGGUCUACAUAUCAGUCAUGAAAGAGACAAAACCCAAAGUUUAAAAUCUGAAAACCCUCACGAGUGGAGCUUCAAAAAUCAAUCAUGGAAGUUACCUGAAGAGCUAAAUGACUUUCAGAAAUAUGUCGCCUGGUUGAAUGAAAAUAGAAAAAAAAAACUUUUCAUUUAUAAAUCAGAUGGUCUUCAUGAUAUGUCCAAGUAUCAACCUUUUUUAAUUCUGAUUAGUGAUAUAAUUUUCAAAAUUAAUAUGAACCGUUUUCAAACAGAUACCAAAUUAUGA